AUGCCGGCAGGGGGCGCCGCGCGGCCACGGUGCCCACUCGAGCCGCGCCCUGAUUGGCUGGAGGCCGCACCCACUCCCGCCCGCCGGGCGGACCAGGAGCUGCGGCGCGUCGGCCCCGCCGCGCCCCCGCCGCGCCUGCGGGAGCUGCACGAGGACUGCGCGCUGCUGGUGGCCGAGGCCUGGCGGGAGACCGUGCAGCGGUACGAGGACGAGGUGCGCGAGUUGGAGGAGGCGCUGCGGCGCGGCCGGGAGAGCCGGCGCGAGGCCGAGGAGGAGACGCGGCUGUGCGCUCAGGAGGCGGAGGCGCUGAGGCGCGAGGCGCUCGAGCUGGAGCAGCUGCGGGCGCUGCUGGAGGAGGAGCUGCUGCGGGUGCGCGAGGCGUCCGAGCUGCAGGCCGAGGAGCGGCAGAGAGAGAUCGCCUACCUGGAGGAUGAGAAGGCAGCCCUCACCUUGGCCAUGGCCGACCGGCUGCGGGACUACCAGGAGCUCGUGCAGGUGAAGACUGGCCUCAGCCUGGAGGUGGCAACCUACAGAGCCUUACUGGAAGGAGAAAGUAAUCCGGAGAUAUUGAUCGUUACUGAGUGCAUUGAAAACGUGCCACAAGAAUUCAGAGACAAGUCCUAUCAAUAUACCACCUCAGUAUUACAGAAAGAAAAUGAGAGAAAUCUGUUUCCAAGGCAAAAAGCACCUCCUGCGAGCUUCCGGCAGAGCCUGGCGCCACGUUCUCAGACACCCAUCGGAAGCGAUGCCAGAAGAGACGUCCUGCGUUCCGGAUACUCUUCUUUCACCACUGCCUGGCAGGAGAACGCUUAUGAGAAAACUGCCAGCGGUCAGACCAACUUCAGAGCGUUCUCUCCAACCCCCGGUCUUUUAAGAAAUACUGAAGCUCAAGCGAAAACAUUCCCUGAGAGGCCAAAAACUGAAGGAACAAAGGCUCCACCCACUAGUUCAGCCAAAGAGUCCGCCGCUGCCCCAGAGUCCUACCGAGAACGCAGGGACAAGAUGGCGGCAGCCACUUCUGAGGGCACGUGGUCAAAUGAGAGGACCGUCAUUUUGGGAAAGAAAACGGAAGCUAAAGCCACAAAGGAGCAGGAGAGAAACAGACCAGAAACCAUUCAAACAAAGCGAGAAGAGAAAAUGUUCGAUUCCAAAGAGAAGGCUUCAGAGGAGAGAAACUUAAGGUGGGAAGAACUGACAAAGUUAGAUAAAGAAGCAAGAAAGAGAGAAAGCGAGCAGAUGAGGGAAAAGGCUAGAGAGAAGGAGUCGCUGAAGGAGGCAAGUGUGAAGGGGAGAGAGAUACCGAUCAGGCUAGAGGUGUCCCAGGACAGCACAGCAAAGGUGGCCCCCCAGGGUCUCCAGACACCCCUAAAGAAGGAUGCUGGUGAUGGGACAGGGAGAGGGGUGGAAACCAGAGAGGCAGCGUUCUCGCUGGGCGCCAGCGACACCACAGCCUCUCUGAAAGGUGGUUCCAUGACUGAAACCAUAGCUGAGAAUAUCGUUUCCAGUAUCCUGAAGCAGUUUACCCACUCUCCCGAGGCAGAAGCGUCCGCUGAGUCUUUUCCAGACACAAAAGUCACUUAUGUGGACAGGAAAGAAGUUCCCGGUGACAGAAAAGCAAAGACUGAGAUAGUCGUGGAGUCGAAACUGACUGAAGAGAUUGACAUUUCGGAUGAAGCUGGCUUGGACUACCUGUUAAGCAAGGAUGCUAAAGAGGUGGAGCUGAAAGGAAAAUCGGCGGAGCGUUUGAUCGGAGACGUGAUCCGUCUCGGUCUGAAGGGGAGAGAAGGGCGAGCAAAAGUCGUCAACGUGGAGAUCAUUGAAGAGCCCAUGAGCUAUGUCAGCAGCGAGAAGGCAGAUGAGUUUUCUACCCCGUUCGAAGUGGAGGAGGUCGACGACGUGUCUCCGGGCUCCAGGGGGCUUGUUGAGGAGAGAGAGGAGGCGGUUUACAGGGAAUCAGAUGUCACGUGCUCAGGGAACGCAGGUCAGGAGGCCAGGCGGCCCCAGGAGAGUGUAACUCACGUGGAAGAAGUGACGGAGGCAGGUGACUUGGAGGGAGAGCAGAGUUACUUUGUGUCGACUCCGGACGAACACCCUGGGGCCCACGAGCGAGAAGAAGGCUCUGUGUAUGGGCAGAUCCACAUUGAAGAGGAAUCCACCAUCAGAUACUCCUGGCAGGAUGAGAUCGUGCCAGGGUCUCGGAGAAGAAUGCAGAGGGACGACGUCCCAGGAGAGAAGGUUGUGAAGCCGGAGGAUGUUCCAGAAGCGUCUCUGGAGGGGGACACGGCAUCUGCUCCCUGGAAAGAACAAACUAGAAGUGGCGAGUUUCAUGCCAAGCCCAUAGUCAUUGAGAAGGAAAUCAAAAUACCCCAUGAGUUCCACACAUCCAUUAAGGAAGGCUCCAAGGAGCCCAGGCACCAGCUGGUGGAGGUGAUUGAGCAGCUGGAGGAGAACCUUCCAGAGCGCAUGAAGGAAGAGCUGUCCGCCCUCACCAGAGAGGGCCAGGGCGGGCCUGCGGGUGUUUCCUUUGACGUGAAGAAAGUCCAGAGUGUGGACAGCGGGGCCGUGACCCUAGUGGCCGAAGUCAACCUCUCGCAGACGGUGGACGCCGACCAGUUAGACCUGGAGGAGCUGAGCCGGGACGAAGCGGGAGAGAUCGAGAAGGCCGUGGAGUCGGUGGUGCGAGACAGCCUGGCACGGCGGCGCAGUCCGGGCCCCGGCAGCCCGGAGGUGGAGGCCGGCCGCGGCUUCAGGCGCUGGGCCACCCGGGAGCUGUACAGCGCCUCCGCGGGGGAGGCAGAUGCGGGCCUGGCCUCGCCCCCGGGCCCUGUGUCGGCCACCGUGGAAGUCACCAGUCCCACGGGCUUUGUCCACACUCACGUGCUGGAGGACGUCAGCCAGUCUGGGGGGCGCGUCCGGAUAGCGUCCCCUGGAACGUGGAGGACUGAGCAGGUCUCGGCCGAGGGCCGCGCGGCCCAGGCAGCGGAGAUGGACGUGAGUAACAUAGAGGCGACUCCCCGCUGGACACAAGAGGCCACAGUCCUCUUCCCUGCAGGGACGGAAGCAGAACCUCCUAGUGUGUCUGAGCAUGGUGCUUGGAGAGAUGCCAGCAGUAGGAAUGACCUGGCUGCCAGCGUGAGCUUUCAGGGCUCUGCUGGGGACAGACACCAGGCUCCCGGGGAAAGGGGCAAGGAGCAGGCUGAAUUUGAUAAGACGGUGCAGCUGCAGAGGAUGGUAGACCAGAGGUCAGUGAUUUCGGACGAAAAGAAGGUUGCCCUCCUCUAUCUAGACAGUCAGGAGGAGGAAAAUGAGGGACACUGGUUUUGAUAUAAACAGAUAUUUGAUUUUAAAUGCCAUCUUGUUUGGUAACGUACCAACACACAAAGGCCUUUACUUUAAGGGAGGGAGGUGAACUCUUUAUUAAAACCUCCCCCCCUUUUUUUUACUUCGAGUACUCUAGGCAGUGUCUUUUUACUUUAUAAUCUGUAAAGAUUUCAAACUAAUUCAUGCCUUAAAAGGCAUUGGAAUUUUAUUGAGUUGGGACUUUGACAAGAAAUACUUUUUAUCUUUUUCGUCUUAAAAGUUCCUUUUUCUGGAGUUUUCUUUCCACUCCUAGAGAUGAUUUCUCCCAUUUUUGCACAUAGUCACAGAAGUGCCUGGCAUCUGUUUGAAAGUAUAAUUGCCUAGGUAAGACACCUAAAUGGUAAUGGGAUUAAAGUAAUACAUUUAAGAGUAAAUUUUAUUCACAUGUGCUAACAUGAAAUAGUAAACUAACAUUUUAAGGGAAGAAUGAAUUCAUUUGUCUAUUUACAAGGUCUUUUCAAAAAGAAAUCAUAAGAAAUAAGCAGAUUAAAAAAAUUAAAUGAUUUCUUCUUAGGAAAAAGUUAUUCAUCUUAGAGAGUUAAAUUCAUUUUAAGACUUGAAUGAAUUGCCUUCUAUGUGCAGAACUUUUAAAAAAUAUAGUAUUUUAUUUAUGGAGAAGACAGCUCCAGCCUCCUGCAGUGUAUCAGAUCAGCACACUUGCUACAUUUGCACAGGCUCCUGGAACCCUGCACUGGGUCCAGGUGGGGGCAGGGGGUUGGGGAAGGAUUACUGGGAAUGGCUUAUAAUACCAGCUUUUCGUGGUACUAGGUCAUUAAGUAGUGCACAGUCUAAAUACUCUUUUUGGUUUUAACAAAUUCUGGAGUAGCCAGCUCCUACCAGAGUGUACUUGAGCUUUUCUGCACCUUAGCUCUUAGGAUCUAAACAUUUAAUUUUACUGGUGGGAGGUAGACCCUAAAGACAGUAGAAAGGACGCUGAAGCUCAGACUUGUGGGGCGGUCAUGCACAGUACGGUUGGAAGCCCAGGUGGGUUGUGCCUCCCAGAGAAGCCCCUCCUAACCCACUGAUGAUGGGAGGUGGAGGCCUUUCUGAGCACAAAGGGUUCGAGAUGGAAGACGGCAACCAACCUCAUGGAGGCUUUUGCACUUUAGACAGAAAUCAUGACAGUUGGGGUGUUUUAUCCAGGGAAACAAUACAUUAAACAGAAUUAGAUGUUUUGGGGAAGGAGCUGGAUGCUUCUGUUGCUGCCUAGCCCGGAAGCACCCAGGAGGGGCCCUGGAGGAAGCAAAGGCCCUACUCUCCCAGGCCACGAGUAUAGCCCUGCAGAUAUACACCACUGAAUUGAAGAUACUAGAAUGGGUGUGCUCUGUUGGGUGUGUUUUGCACAAAGGUAUUGUUUUUAAAGCUUAUUCCUUUAAAGCUGUAGCAUCACAUAAAGAGUAUCUCUAGCAGCACAAUAUUAUUUUAAUCCAAACUAGUUUCUUUCACUUAAUGUUGUCUAAACUGUACCUCCCCCUAACACAGUAGCACAGACCUAACUGCCUGUAGCGCACUGAGGAAUGAUGGUCCCCGCUUUGUCAUCCUCAGGUGGGACGUGGUUACGGGGGCAGCUAUGGAAGUUGAGGGUCUUCCCUCUGGGUUCACAAGAUGGCCCUCACACCUCCACAACACACAUCUCAGCUGCCAGGAAUGGCUACAGCAGGUAGUUUAGAGAGAGUGUGUUUUCCUAAUCGGGAAGUGGAGGAACAUCGCAGUACAGCUUUCAGGAUGAUCUAUUUUUAAAACACCAUGAAGCAGGGCAUAGAAGGAAGGUUGAUUUGAAUUGCAAGUGUAAACUUUUGUUGUCUGCCAGAUGAACUGGUGAUUGUCAGAAACUGCCAGGGGAGGUGACGGCUUUUCCACCAAAGACUCCUCAUUUCUAACGUAAAGAUGAGUUGAUUUUAUGUUGAUUGUAAUUGGUAAUGGUAUUUGUAUAGGUUAUUUAUUGGUGAGAAUUGGUCAAGGUGACAGUCUGUUGUCUGAUGGCAAGACAGACUGAUGAGGGGGGGUGUCUAUUAUGUGUGUCUUAAGUGUGGGCUGAGCUCAAUGUCACUCUCCUAGCUUGUGACCCCGGGAAUGAGUGCUAAGGUGAAUAGAUUAUUAAUGUCCUGACUCACCUCUAUUGGAAAAUAAGUGUCUUAGGUCUUAAUUUGUGUCUCCAUGUUGGUGCACAUCUUCAAGAAGUAUCCUGCCAAGAGUGUUUGCCAAUAUGUAGUCAUGAGCUGUGGUUGGUUACUAAGUCUCUGAAACAGACCAGAGCAGGGCGUGCCCUUGACCCCGUGACAGGUCACCCCUGGUUCCAUGUCCUUUAAAACCAGAGACAGUAGUAGUCAGCUUUAUGGUGAGACAGGGUGAGGACACAGCCAGUCCUUUUGCAUUUAUUGUUGUGUAGACAAAAUGGUGUUAAUGGAAUGUUUUUCACCUCCCCACUGGUUGUUUUGAUAUUGUUUGUUUAAAAUGUAUAUUUAGAAUGGAAUCAUCUAAAAAGCUGAUCUUGCUAACCUCCUAUUCCCUUUGAAGGGAUAUAUCAUAAGAAUGUGUAAAAAUAAAAGUCUAAGAAAAAACC